AUGGGUACAAGCUCCGGAAGCCCCGGUUCCGAUGGGAUGCCAGACCGCAGCGAAUGGUCCGUAUUUCAGCGUGCGCUGCAAGCCUCAAAGAGGCAAACUUGGAAGGCAGUUGCUGUCUAUUUUCCAUACAGUGCCGUAGUUAGAGAUGAAGCUUCUUUUGCCGGGCAUCGGGUCCGCCUCUGGAGUUUGGGAAGCUGUGUGCUCAAACCCGAGUUGGCUGUCGCUGGUAAUCGACAUAAUUCGCACAAUGCUCGGAUGGUCCUGACGAGCCUGUAUUUGUGCUUCGUUGCCAGCUCAUCUAUUCGUGGACAACAAAAUAGCCUACAUGAUGAUACCCCCUUGUAUCGUGUGGCUUGUACAUGUUUAGUCGGUCGAUGGGCUACCAGGCCGUCUAGAGAAGCACUCGAGCCACCGAUGAAGACCUGGGCAGUAACGGCGGAACGACGAAUGAGCGUGACGACGAGUGAGCGUGACAACGAUGCUGUGGUGAUGUGGGAGUUCAACUUGCAUCAUGGCACAUGGCCAGUGGUCCGUGGCGUCUUGUGCACUAUGUGA